CGAGGCGGCGGCGAGGCGGCAGGAUCGCCGGCGUGAAGCGGUCCGCGCGGUGGUGCGCGGGGAGCGGCGGAGCAGGAGCAACAUGGCGCCGGUGGGCGGGGGCGGAAGCUCGGGCGGCGGGCCGGCCCGAGGGCGCCUCCUCCUGGAGGCGCUGCUGCUGCUGGUGCUACUGUGUGUCCCCGGGGCUCGGGGCCAGGACGACCCUCCGCGGAGCACCAUCCUGGGCAUGAGGCUGGCGAGCUGCAACAAGUCAUGUGGGAUGAAUUCGGAGGGCAUCAUCUUCGUCUCCGAGGGUAGCAUUGUCAACCUGAGAUUGUAUGGCCAGCGGCUCGGCUCCAUGUCCAGCAACCUCAUCUCCUUCACUGAGGUGAACGACUAUGAGACUUCCCACAACUCCACCAACUGCCCAGAGCUGACCAAGGACCUCGUUGUCCAGCAGCUGGUCAAUGUGAGCCGUGGGAACACGUCUGGGAUGCUGGUGGUGCUCACCAAGUUUCUCCGGAGGAGCGAGAACAUAAAGCUGUAUGCACUGUGCACCCGGGCCGGGGUGGACGGACCCUGGCAGAGAUGGACGGACAAAGACUCGCUGCUCUUAUUGGUGGAGGAGACCGGGAGGUUCCUGCCGCUGUGGGUGCACAUCCUCCUCAUCAUGGUGCUGCUGGUGCUGUCGGGCAUGUUUUCUGGCCUCAACCUGGGGCUUAUGGCUCUGGACCCCAUGGAGCUGCGGAUAGUGCAGAACUGUGGUACGGAGAAGGAGAAGCGCUAUGCACGUAAAAUUGAGCCUAUCCGGCGCAAGGGCAACUACUUACUCUGUUCUUUGCUCCUGGGAAACGUGCUGGUCAACACCUCUCUCACCAUCCUGUUAGAUGGCCUCAUUGGGUCUGGCCUCAUGGCAGUGGCCUCCUCCACUGUUGGCAUUGUCAUCUUUGGGGAGAUCGUACCUCAGGCCCUGUGCUCCCGACAUGGGUUGGCGGUGGGUGCCAACACCAUCAGCCUCACCAAAUUCUUUAUGUUUUUGACCUUCCCCCUAAGUUUCCCCAUUAGCAAGCUCCUGGACUUUAUUUUGGGCCAGGAGAUUGGCACUGUUUACAACCGGGAAAAGCUGAUGGAGAUGUUGAAGGUGACAGAGCCCUAUAAUGACCUCGUGAAAGAGGAGCUAAAUAUGAUCCAGGGUGCCCUGGAGUUAAGGACCAAGACAGUGGAGGAUAUCAUGACCCAGCUGCAGGACUGCUUCAUGAUCCGCAGUGACGCCAUCCUGGACUUCAACACCAUGUCUGAGAUUAUGGAGAGCGGCUAUACCCGCAUCCCUGUGUUUGAAGAUGAACAUUCCAAUAUUGUAGAUAUCCUCUAUGUCAAAGACCUGGCCUUUGUGGACCCUGAUGACUGCACCCCCCUCAAGACCAUCACUCGCUUCUAUAACCACCCAGUGCACUUUGUCUUCCAUGACACCAAGUUGGAUGCCAUGCUGGAGGAAUUCAAGAAGGGGAAGUCCCACCUGGCUAUCGUGCAGAAGGUGAACAAUGAGGGGGAGGGCGAUCCCUUCUACGAGGUCCUCGGCCUGGUCACCCUGGAGGACGUCAUCGAGGAGAUCAUCAAGUCGGAGAUCCUGGACGAGUCAGAUAUGUACACGGAUAAUCGGAGCCGGAAACGGGUAUCUGAGAAAGGCAAAAGAGACUUCUCAGCCUUCAAGGACACUGACAAUGAACUCAAAGUAAAAAUUUCCCCUCAGCUGCUUUUGGCUGCUCAUCGUUUCUUGGCCACAGAGGUGCCCCUGUUUAACCCCUCCCUGAUAUCAGAAAAAAUCCUGCUCCGGCUGCUCAAGUACCCGGAUGUUAUUCAGGAACUCAAGUUUGAUGAGCACAACAAGUACUACAGCCACCAUUACCUAUAUACCAGAAAUAAGCCGGCCGACUACUUCAUUCUCAUCCUGCAGGGAAAGGUGGAAGUGGAGGCCGGAAAGGAGAACAUGAAAUUUGAGACAGGUGCCUUUUCCUACUAUGGGACCAUGGCCCUGGCCUCUGCCCCCUCUGAUCGCUCCCCAUCCUACCCCACCACCCUCAGCCGCUCAGCCUCCCUUAGUUACCCCGACCGGACAGAUGCCGCCAGCUCCCCUCCCACGGCUGGAAGCAGCAUUCAGUUCGGCAGCUCCAUCCUGGGCCAGUACAUCUCCGACUUCAGCGUUCGGGCACUUGUGGACCUCCAGUACAUUAAGAUCACCCGACAGCAGUACCAGAAUGGACUGCUAGCCUCCCGCAUGGAAAACUGCCCUCAGUUUUCCAUGGAUGGAUGCACCAUCUGCACAGAGAACUUCUCUGAGAAGUCUGAGCUGCCUGUAGUGGACGAGACCACAACCCUCCUCAACGAACGCAACUCGUUGCUGCACAGAACCUCGCAAGAGAGUGCCAUCUGA